AUGAAGCCGCCUAACAUUAGAGGCCCCGAUAGCCGUGAUGCAGUUGGCUCUGGCGCUGAGUAUAGGAAAAUACAAACACAAUGGGCAAACGCCCAGCUACUGGCUGAGGAAGAGGCGCGCAAUGCGGCGCGGAUACGGACCCAGCACCUUUCUCGCCGCGCAAAACAGGGUGCUGCCAGCGAAGAGGAGCUGAUGAAAGAGGUUAAGCAAAGAGAUAUUCAGAAAAAUAAAGUGAAGGAGAAGGAGUUUAAAGUUGCUCACGGAGGCGUGUUAGCAUUACUCGGCUGGCUGGUGUUUAUCCAUUUGGUUGGAAUUUUCUUUUUUACUAAAGGCUUUUUGCUCACGCGGCUCGUGCUAGAUACUAAGUCUGAAUGUUCGGUGCUUCCCUUUGCGACAUCGGAUCACCCAAGUAUACGCUCCAGUGAGAAGGGAUGCUGGCACCCGAAAUCGUUUGAUAAGGCCGUCAUUGUUAUUAUCGAUGCGUUGCGGUACGAUUUCGCCGUUCCCUUCCAUCCUACUAUCGAGGGACAAAGUCCCCGGUUGUUCCAUCAUAAUAUUCCCGUCCUUCACGAGACAGCUCUCCAGCAACCCAACAAUGCUUUCCUGCUUCCUUUUAUUGCAGACCCUCCAACAACGACACUGCAGCGUCUCAAAGGGCUAACGACUGGGACCUUGCCUACAUUCAUAGAUGCUGGGUCGAAUUUUGCCGGGACAGCCAUAGAGGAGGAUAAUAUCAUUGCUCAGCUACGAAGUGCGGGUAAAAGAGUGGUUCAUUUGGGUGACGAUACUUGGAAUGCAUUAUUCCCGGGCUAUUUCGAAGAGGAUCUUUCCCAUGGGUACGACUCAUUUAACGUGUGGGACUUGUUUACUGUUGAUAAUGGUGUUACGGAACAUAUCUUCCCCCUUUUGCACGCUGAAAAUGCGACGAAAUGGGAUAUAGUUAUAGGGCAUUACUUGGGAGUUGACCAUGCGGGACAUCGAUAUGGACCCGACCAUACUGCAAUGGCUGCGAAGCUGAAGGAGAUGGAUGGCGUAUUACGGCGUCUCAUCGAAACCAUUGAUGAAAGCACGUUACUUGUUGUUAUGGGUGACCAUGGCAUGGAUUCUAAAGGAGAUCAUGGCGGCGAGUCCGACGACGAGGUAGAAGCUACCUUGUGGAUGUACUCAAAGAAGAAAAUUUUCGGACGCACAAGCAGCGACGCCUUCUAUCCCCCCAAGAGCGCCAAAGAGCGACCUGUCCCCCAAAUUGAUCUUGUACCCACCCUGUCUUUGCUUCUAGGCCUACCGAUCCCAUUCAACAACCUUGGGUCUCCUAUUGAAGAGGCCUUUGCUGGGGCUAAUGGAAAGGAUCUCCGAAACUUGAUAUCUGUCAAUAGGCUUGCCUCUGCUCAAAUUGAAAGGUAUCAGCGUGAAUAUGCGCGAGCACGGGGGCUAGAUCAGAGUCAAACUUCCGGGCCCUUGUCCUUGUGGCAUCAGGCUGAGCAAAAAUGGGUAUCUGAGCGAGCCAAGAAUCCUAGUUACACGGUUCUUCGAAGCAUUUAUAAUUCAUAUAGAGAGUAUCAGAGAGAUACGCUAAAUGUUUGCCGUGGAUUGUGGGCUCGAUUCGAUGUGCCUAGUAUGAUGCUGGGUAUUGGAAUCUCAGCUGCUGGCAUUGGGCUACUAGUGUUUUAUGCUCGAGCGAUCCGAGGCGAUCGAACGGAUAUUACCUUUCCAACACUGAAGAAGACGAGCAUUGCGGCUGCGGUUGGAGCAGUAGCAGGUAUUGUGUCAGCAACGACGUUACUUCUACCAAUACCGGCCGUAGAAGGUGGUGUCCUUGGGGCCGCUGUUGGUAUCAUUCUUGGUGCUUCGUCAACCAUACUCUGGAUUCCUGAACGGAUCAUAUCCCCACUCCCAACCUCGCUAUGGGGCUGGUUAGCAGUUGUUUUUACUGUUGCUCAAUCCGUUGGAUUUGCAUCAAACUCUUAUACCAUAUGGGAAGACCGGAUUCUUUUAUUUUUUCUUACUACGUUUGGUAUCCUUGCCGCUAUAUCUUCGCUACGACAAACCGCUAAAGAGGAUAGAAUACUUGGUUUAUACCAUUCGAUCAUAUUCAUUGUCUUAGGCAGACUGGCAUCACUGUCACGACUUUGUCGGGAAGAACAAAUGCCUUACUGCAGAUCGACCUACUAUGCAUCGAAUACAUCGUCUACCUCGGCGCCAUGGCAGCUUCUGAUCCCAUUUGCAGUAUCGCUAAUUCUCCCUACCGUUAUUCGGUCAUAUUACCAAGGAACAAAAUCAUAUGAGGGAUCAGCCAUAUUCUGGAUCGGCUUUGCGUUCCGCAUGGGCCUGCUUCUCGCAGCGACUUACCGGUUUUUGGAUACUGCUGACGAUGGCAAUUGGCUGGUUUUGAAUUCCAGCACACUUAAGUCAACUAAAAGAAUUUUGGCCCAAAUUAUUCUGGCGAUAGCCUUCGCCGCUGGUACUACAACUUUUACCUGGGCCAAACCUUGCGUUAGCAUUGCAAUGACUCCGGGACAAUCUGCGGCUAAAAGAUCUGUGACAAUUCUAGGCUACGCCAAUAUUUAUGGAACCCGGUAUUUUAUCCUCGUCGUUAACUUUGCACUCGCGGUCAUUCUCCUCCAAAAACCUAUGGGUGGGGGGACAAUUGCUAUUCAGAUAUGGCAAAUCCUGUCUCUUCUCGAAAUUCUCGACACAAAUCACCUCACCACGAGCAAUUCUGCUAUCGGACCCAUUAUACUCGCCGUUCUCGGCUCCUUUCACUUCUUCACAACUGGUCACCAAGCCACGCUCAGCAGUAUCCAAUGGGAAACUGCCUUCAUCGCCCUUGAUAAUGUCCGUUACCCAUGGUCACCCCUCCUUGUCAUCUUCAAUACCUUCGGAGCUCAGAUUCUCUCUGCCGUAGCUGCCCCCUUGACUGCACUAUGGAAAAGGCCUAUCGAGUCUCGUGGCCCGCAGGUAUUGAACGGAGUCGCGAAAACUCCCGAGAACUCCACUAAACGUUUGAUGGCGGAUAUUGCACAAGCAAGUACGACGCACAUACUUUACUAUGCAACCAUCAAUUUAGCCACAACAAUGUGGGCUGGCUGGCUAAGACGUCAUCUAAUGCUGUAUCGAAUAUUCUGUCCAAGAUUUUUGAUGGGAGCAGCGGUGCUGGCUACAGUAGAUAUCAUUAUGCUCUGCUUUGCAAUUGGAGGAGUGAGGUGGAGCACGAUCAGUGUUGGAGAUGUAUUCGGAUGGUAA